AUGCACAAACUCUGCGUUGUGCUUUCGGCUUUCAGCCUCUUUUGCUGGGUGAAUGCUGAGAACUCGAUCGACGGCGACGGCGCAACCGCUGCGGCACCAAACCCAAUGACUUUCGCACUCAUCCCUACCACGUCCGACUCGCUAAGACUUUUGCCGUCUCACCGCUCAGCUGUGGAUUCGACCGCAUCGGCCGCCAAUCGAAACUUGGAGCUGGGUACUCAGGCGGUGGAACAGUCCAAGAACCACAAACUCCAGAUCAACGAGGAGCGAUAUCUACCGGAACUGGUGACACCUGUGAUGCUGGACAUCUAUAUGAAGGUGGUGGGUGUGCACGAACUAAGCCCUACAAGAGUUGCAGACCUUCUCGGCAUCAGCGGGAAGAGCAUAACUCCCGAGAUACUCAAACGCUGGCUGAAGUUUAUCCGCUUAUACGCGGCCACUGGUGGGGAAGAGAAGGCGAAAGAAGCGUAUCGAGUGUUGACGAGUCGUCGUAAAGCUAUGGACGUGGUGGGUGAUCUUUUACAGCUUGAAACCGGCGGCGACAAGGUGAUGAAAGAACAGGUUGCCGGGAUGUUCAAACAGCUAUCUCAAGACCUCUCGUUCUGGUACUACGGUUUGCCUGGCAUUUGGAGGAAGAAAAAGGUGAACCCCGUAAUCCUCGCCGAGAAAUUAGGGAUCUCGCACACGGAGUCGCUCUCGGAGUUUCAAAGCUCUGCGAUUGAUUGGCUCAAGUACACCAUGGUGCUGAAAAAUAGUAAGGACCCCGAAGAGCUUGCCAUUUCCAUUUCCGUCGAUGAGAUGUAUGACAUUUUGUUCGGGAAAAUGGAUCGUGGCAAGAUUGACAAAUUCAUUGACGUUUUCGAUAAAACCUGCCUUGAGGAGCUCUCAAAGGUACCUGUUUUGAAAUCUAGCGUCAACGGGAUUGGUGUGGAAGGUCUCGUCAACGACCUAAGGAAGAUCCAUGAAACCAAAAAAAAACAAGGGUGA